CCCUUUCUGUCAUAUCACAGACGCUGUCAGAUUCCUACACGCAGAUAUUCCAAAGCGCUUCUCUGAUUGGCCACUCGUUGAUUCCCUGCACUAAGAUGGCGAUGCGCUUGGUCUUGCGACUCCUUGCCCGGCAAAGAUCGUGGGGACAUGCAGGGAAACGGGCAUUUUGUACAAGCGGGACUGUAGACCGGAGCCGGUUGUACGAUCACGUUCGGGAUGGCUACAGUGCGAAGCCCCAGCUUGAUAUGGAAACACUUACUCGUGACCUGGAGGCUGCCGAGCGGGAGUAUUUAGAGCGGAAGUCGGGGUCACGGCAUGGGGAGCUGAAAGAAGUGAUUGCAAUCUGGAACCGUCUAGAAAAAGUGAAACAAGAAAUUAAGACACUGGAGGAGGAGAAAUCUGCAAUAGCCAAAGAAGUAAAGCAUAUGGUGAUUUCAGAAGAGAAGCAGAACUUGCAGACGAAUCCAAGAUAUGCUCUAAUCAGAAAACGAGGAAAGGAUAUCCGUUUGGAACUUAGCACUCUAUAUAAGGAAGAGUCAAACCUUGAAGGAUCUUUUUAUCCUCGAGCCCUAAGACUGCCGAAUAGAACCCACCCAAACACUCCAGUUGGAGAUGAGAGCAAAGCUCGGGUACUGGAAGUUGUUGGAGUAAAACCUGAGUUUGAUUUCAAAAUUUGUGGCCAUCUAGAGAUUGGAGAAGAUUUAGAUAUUAUAAGACAGAGGCGCCUCUCACAUGUGUCAGGCCAUCGCUCGUACUAUCUGCGUGGAGCUGGAUCUUUAUUGCAGCAUGCACUUGUGAACUUUACUAUCAGUAAACUUGUGAAGAAGGGAUUUAUUCCAAUGUCUGUGCCAGAUAUGCUAAGAGGAGCUGUAUUUGAAGGUUGUGGUAUGCAAGCAGAUGCUCAUGCCUCACAGGUUUAUAGCGUGGAUCCAUUACAACACCCUGACCUGAACUUGGCAGGGACUUCUGAGGUUGGAAUUGCAGGCUUUUUCAUGGAUCAUGCAGUAAUGUUGCAAGAUCUCCCAGUUCGGACAGUUUGUUGCAGCACUUGCUACAGGGCAGAAACUGACACAGGACGUGAGACAUGGGGACUUUACAGAGUCCAUCAUUUUACAAAGGUGGAGAUGUUUGGGGUUACAGCAAAUGAAAGUGGAAUAGAAAGCCAAGAAAUGCUGGAUGAAUUUCUUGGUCUGCAAAAAGAGAUCUUCUCUGAGCUUGGCCUGCAUUUCAAAGUUCUAGAAAUGCCCACACAGGAACUUGGUCUACCAGCCUACAGGAAAUAUGACAUAGAGGCUUGGAUGCCUGGACGUGGAAAAUAUGGAGAGAUUUCUAGCACUUCCAACUGCACUGAUUAUCAGAGCCGAAGACUCAACAUUAUGUACCAGAGGCAGGAUGGGGAGCUGCGCCACGCACACACUGUCAAUGGUACUGCCUGUGCUGUCCCACGACUCCUCAUUGCAAUUCUUGAGUCCAAUCAGAGAAAGGAUGGAGCAGUACUUAUCCCUGAAGUCCUGCAGCCUUAUAUGGGGACAGAUGUAAUUGAAAAACCCAGAUAUAUUCCUGCCAGAUACAUUGGUCCAAACCAGAGAAAGCAAGAUAAUGUUUUGAAAUAGGCACCUAACUUGCACUAGAAAGAAGAAGAUAACAAGAAUAAAGAGGCCUUCUGUGCUGCUAUAUAUAUAUAUAUAUAUAUAUAUAUAUAUAUAUAUAUAUAUAUAUAUAUCCUGCUAUUCAUUGGAAAAUUUGUAUAUAACAUUCUGUAUAUAAACAUUUCUAAUAAUCAAAUGCUUUCGCAACCUCUUUUUUUUAAAUUGUUUUUAUUGAGUUUUUGAUUUGCAUUUAACAAAACAGAUCUGUAUGUUACAGUUGACCAUAGUAAUGACAACUUCUUGACCAACCCCUUUUUUUAAUCAACAAUUCAAUUAAGAUAAAAUAUACAUAUAUAUUUGCUCAUCAUUGCAAAGCUCUGUGAGGCUCUGUGAGUUCUGUUUGGAAACCAUUCUGCCUGCACUUGCUAGCAGGGUCCCCUAUCCAAUAUGUCUAGCUCCCUAUGUAUCCCAAGGUAUCUUUUGCACAGUUAGAGCCCUAGGCAUGUUUCCAUACUUGUGCAGGUGGCAGGUACUAACCCCUGCAGCAAGUUCUUAGGAAACAAAAAAAAAA